AAGAGAAGAAGAAGACGAGACGAGGGAAAUUUAUGAGCAGAAAAGACGUGAUUUUCGCGUUUCUUUGAGGAUUUAAAAACGAAAAUCUUGCCUGCAAUCAGAAGUACUGCCCGCAUUUUUACCGCGAGGAGGUGACUCGUUAUUACUUCGGACUGUUUCAGCCACACCCAUUAAGUGAUUGAGAUCUUCAGUGAAGCUCCUCCUACAACAAUCCACCAAUAAAUGCUGGAGUCAAACACACAGAGAAAUCACUCCAUGUGUGACAACUGAAAUCUUCAUGACAUAAUGUUGAUGCUGGUGAAAGAGGAGCUUGAGAAGAUGACAGAUCCACAACCAUGCAGAAUAAAGGAUGAAGAUACUGAGGAACAAAUAGAUAUGAUAGAAGUGAAAGAGGAGAGUCAAGCUGAAGUGGAUGAGAAACAUCAGAAUGUAAAAAUAAACCAUAAUGUUUCACAGAAAGAAACUCUGAAAACAGAAGACAUAAAGUGUGAAAAUAGUUUCAGUGAAGAUGAACGCCCUGCAGAUCACAAGAGGACUCACAGUGAAGAGAAACCUUUCACAUGUCAACAGUGUGGAAAGAGUUUCAGAUCUAAAAGUAAACUUGAGACUCACCUAAGAACUCACACUGGAGAGAAACCAUACACGUGUCAUCUUUGUGGAAAUAGUUUCACAGUUAAAUCUAGCCUUACGAAACACAUGGGAAUUCACACUGGAGAGAAACCAUACACGUGUCAACAGUGUGGAAAGAGUUUCAGAUCUAAAAGUAAACUUGAGACUCAUCUGAGAACUCACACUGGAGAGAAACCGUACACGUGUCAUCUUUGUGGAAACAGUUUCGCAGUUAAAUAUAGCCUUAAGAAACACAUAAGAUUCCACACUGGAGAGAAACCAUACAUGUGUCAACAGUGUGGAAAGAGUUUUACAUCUUCAAGUAACCUUACGAGACAUGUGAAAAUUCACACUGGAGAGAAACCACAUGCGUGCCAUGAGUGUGGAAAGAGUUUUACAUCUACAAGUUACCUUAAGAAACACAUGAGGACUCACACUGGAGUGAAACCGUUCACAUGUCUUCAGUGUGGAAAGAGUUUCAGAACAAAAGCUAACCUUGAGAUUCACAUGCGACUUCACACUGGAGAGAAACCUUACACAUGUCUUCAGUGUGGAAAGAGUUUCAGAACAAAAGCUAACCUUGAGAUUCAUAUGGGACUUCACACUGGAGAGAAACCUUACACAUGUCUUCAGUGUGGAAAGAGUUUCAGAACAAAAGCUAACCUUGAGAUUCAUAUGGGACUUCACACUGGAGAGAAACCUUACACAUGUCCUCAGUGUGGAAAGACUAUUAAAACAAAAGGUUACCUUGAGACUCACAUGAAACUUCACACUGGAGAGAAACCGUUUACAUGUCCUCAGUGUGGAAAGAGUUUCACAACAAAAGGUAUCCUUGAGACUCACAUGAGACUUCACACUGGAGAGAAACCUUACACAUGUCUUCAGUGUGGAAAGACUAUUAAAACAAAAGGUUACCUUGAGACUCACAUGAGACUUCACACUGGAGAGAAACCGUUUGCAUGUCCUCAUUGUGGAAAGAGUUUUAUGUGGGAAACAAGUCUCAGAAAUCACCAGCGCUUACAUUCUGAAGAAAAGACAUUCAACUCUUCUGUGCAGUUAUGAGUUUAUUAUGAAUCGGAAGAUACACACGAGUAGUCAUGAGUGGAUAUGUAAAGUCUUACCGUGGGUUCACACCAGCCGCGUUUGAGGCGUCAAAAUCCGGGUUUCCCGGACAGGGAUUAGACUAGUCCUAGACUACAACAUUUUUAAGAGCUGUACAAACUAAAAAACAAAUUGCACUUGCACAUCUUAAAAUAAAUCAGUGCUCUUUGUUUUGCCUCAAAAUGCACACAGGUAUUUUUUUUAGUUAGGCAUGUUUGUUAAAACUAGUUAUAUUUCAUAAUUAAACUAAGGCCUAGUCCUGGAUUAAGUUUAUGCCUGUCAGGGAAACCGCCUCUUUGAGUUUACUCACUUCAUUCGCAUGUGAAAUUCUAGUCAUCGAGACUUUCUGAAAUUUGCGUCAUGGGAGGGGCUUCUGCGACUCCGUUUGCUUUCUGUAAUCACUUCACUACUAGAGCAAGCUCCUGAUUGGUUAACGCGGCACGUUUUUCCGGCAAAGUACAAAUUUUUCAACUUGCUCAUUUGCCGCGGCAACGUCCAAUUCAAAAGACAGAAUCGCGUCUUACACGCCGCACUAAACGCCUCAUUUGCACCGUGAGACCUCGCACGUCUUCAUAUUGACCUAACAUUGAAAUCGCUCUUGCUUGGCUGGUCUCAACGCAUUAUUAAGCAAGGGCCCACCAAAAGAUGUAUUAAAUCUUAUCAGACCAGAGACCACAAACAUGAUGAGAAAAAAUACACUAUAUUGCCAAAAGUUUUGGGACACCUGCCUUUAUAUGCACAUGAACCUGAAUGACAUCCAAUUCUUAAUCCAUAUGGUUUAAUAUUGAGUUUGUGCACCCUUUGCAGCUAUAACAGCUUCAACUCUUCUUGGAAGACUUUCUACAAGGUUUAGGAGUGCGUUUAUGGGAAUUUUUGACCAUUCUUCUAAAAGCACAUUUAUAUGGUCAGACACUGAUGUUGGACGAGAAGGCCUCGCUCGUAGUCUCUGUUCCAAUUCAUCCCAAAGAUGUUCUACUGGGUUGAAGUCAGGACUCUGUGCAGGCCAGUCAAGUUCCUCCACACCAAACUCGCUCAUUCAUGUCUUUAUUGACCUUGCUUUGUGGACUGGUGCACAGUUAUGUUGGAACAGGAAGGGGCCAUCCCAAAACUGUUCCCCCAAAGUUUGGAGCAUGAAAUUUUCCAAAAUCUCUUGGUAUGAUGAAGCAUUAAGAGUUCCUUCCACUGGAAGUGAUUGAAACAACUGAAUUCAAUGAUUUGGAGGGGUGUCUCAAAACUUUUGGCAAUAUAGUGUAUAGGAUUUACCAGUUUUGUUCCUAUAGUAUGUGGAUUGCCAGUAGGGUGGCCAUUCGUGCCAGUUCCGCCGGACACGUCCCGAACACGUUUUCGGGUUCGUUAUCCGGAAGUCGCGCGCAUACGUCAUCGAGCUUCUCACAUUUCAGUUAAAAUACAUUAGAAAAUUAAGAUUUAUUUCUUUUAAGACAUACAAUCAUUGUAGUUUCAUUCUUACCUUGAAAUGUAACGGUUGCUUUUCUGAAAUUAAACCCGAAAUAUUAAACCUUGAUGAUGUAUGUGGUCGACCAAUGCGACUUCCGGAGAACAAACCCGAAAACAUGUUCGGGACGUGUCCUGCGGAACUGGCACGAAUGGCCACCCUAAUUGCCAGUAUGUGGUAAUCACAGCUCACCUCAUAUAUUUGUUGUUUGUGAGUUUGUGAGAACAUGGAAGUCUUGCGAUGUCUCUCGUGGUCAAACAUGACUUCACAGUAAACAAACAUGAUGGAAAACGGUCAUAAAGAAAUGUCAUUAAUACUGUGGACUGCACCUCACUUUGGGCUGUUUCUGCUGCACCAUAACUGCGGUUGUUAUUGUUUCGUCUUUCAUCAGCUCACUUUCUGAUUCAUGUUCUUUUGGGGGUCUAUAUGAUCCCAGACCCUCUUCAAAUAGUUAAUAACAUAUGCCGUGUUAUUUUUUUUCUGAUAUUUCAUGACCGUUUCUAUUUACAUCAGAUCAUUUUACAAAUGUUUUUUCUUGAUUGUUGAUUACAUGUGAUGAUGACCCAGUAAUAAAAGUUAUAACUGUAUGACCACUAAAAUGAUUGUCACAUGCUUUGAAUCUGUUCGGCACACAUAACACUGUUAUCUUAGCAUUAAUAGUUGUGUUCAAAAAUAGCAUUGUACUACUAAAAGUGAAUAAAGUGCUAAACAUGUUUAUUUACUUAUUUUAACACUGUUAAAAAUGUCUGUAGAAAUUACAGUAUUAUUGUCUGCUGUUUGCCAGUAACUUACUGUAGAUUUAAAUUUGUUAUUUACUUGCAACAGUUUGUUCAACGUUAAAUCACCAUUAACAAGUCUUUGUCUUUACAGAAUAAAACUAUAAAAUAAGAGCCUCAU